UGAAAACGCAUUUUUCAUAGUCAUCAUUUAAUGAUCAUAUGGAAACACAUGAAGCGACAACGGAUAGUUCAUUGUCAAACUCAGGUUUAACAGAUACAAGCACUAAGGAAGGGCUUGAAGAUGACCUAGCGAAGGGGUUAUUUCUUUUCCUACAGCCACCGUUAAAAGAUAUUUACAUGCAGAUGGAAGAAAUAAAAAAUAGUCAAAAUGAUUUUACCUGUCAACUUGAUAAAAUUGAUUUAGAAAUAGAAAAAAUUAAAAUUAAUUGUGAUGAUAUUCCAGAAUUAACUAUAUAUAUUCAAAAAAUGCUAGAUUCUAAGAAACGAAUUACGAAUAUUAGGACAGUAUUAAACAGCACAUAUACUAGAUUACACAACCUUCAUCAAAAUAUAAUGAAAGAAGCCACCAAGAAGAAAGCUAUUUUAGAACCCUAAAUUAUAUAUAAUUAAUAAUAUAAAACAAAUCACAUGAUAUUAACUUAAAAAAUAAAAUCAACACAUUAUUGUAUUUAUAUUAUUAAGCUUUGUUUAAUAUUGA